AUGAGUCGAAGAAAUGGUAACCUCCCAAAGCUUGACCUGAAGCUGAAUCUAUCACCACCAAGAGUGAACCCAAGAGUGGAGUCCCCUGGCCGAUCAGCAACAGUGUCACCGACAUCCCCACCGACCUCAUGCGUGUCGUCAGAGAUGAGCCAGGAUGACACUCUUAGAUACUCUACUAGCCCUGAGGCUACAUCCAUGGUGCUUGUGGGAUGCCCAAGGUGCCUUAUGUAUGUGAUGCUCUCUGACAAUGACCCUAAAUGCCCCAAAUGCAAGAGUACGGUGCUGCUUGAUUUCCUCCAUGAUAACACCACCCACAACACCAUGAAGACAAGGAGGAGCUAG